GCGGGCCUUGGUGGAAAUCAACUUCCGGUGAGGAAGUUCUGGACGCUGGGUAGUGUGUGGGCAGCCCCAACUUGAAUACCUGGGUCCGCAGUCACCUGGAGGGGGGUGCUGGCCCGUGUCCUGGUGCUCGAGUCUGAGAGCGGGGUGUGGUGCGCAGGAGCGCGGGGAGCACUGUGGCGGCGGCGGGAGCAGGUAAAUGAGUGCUCGCCAUCCGGGUCCAGGUCUCGGCCGCAUGCGGGGCGUUCCCGGGUGGGAACGGCCGAGACACCGCCAGCCUCGAGGCCUCGGCCGGGCGAUUCACGGGACCUGGGUCGGGAGGCGCCCAGCUCCCGCCCUUGCCGGUGUGGACCUGCACUUGCGUGGUCCCUGAGUGGAGAGGGAAGUUCGCGUGCUGGCCGCGCCGUAGUUGUAGCUCCAGCGGAACGGAAGUGCUGAGCCGGCCUCGGUUCCCGCCGGCGCCGAGCGGCGCACCCCUUCCGGUCUCAGCUUUUGGGAAACCGCGCUGCUGGCGUGCAUACUGGCAUGCCUCUGGGAGAGCCGAUCACGUGACACACCCAAACCUCGCAUUUCAGGUUCCCACCAGAGACAAGCACCUUGCGGAGUGCGCGACCUUUGUAUCCCCCAUUGGAUGCAGCGUCUGCGCGGCCGCUUCCUCCGGAGGAAGCUUUGCACUCGAGUCGUCUGCUUCUCCAGCAGCGCCGGGCUGUUGCGGCCGCAGUGCUCUUGACUCUUAGCGUGCUGGGGACCUGAAGGCUUUGGGCUCAGCCGAGGUGCCUCAGUGCUCCACCCCCACGAAUUCCGACUUCUUCCACUGUGCACAUGGACAUACCGUCUGCCCCGAAUCUUUACCGCCCGGAUCGGUGGAUGGCUCAGGAACACGUUUGCAUGCUGUAUAGUUGAGGGAUUACCAUCUUGUUACUGGGUGGGCCAACAAUCAUCUCACCUCAAGAUUUAAGGCAAAAGCUUGCAGAGGCGUGACAGCAACCGAUGAGAAUUGCAGAGCCUUGCACUUGUGGUCCUCUCAGCCACACUUUCUGUUGCUUUGGUUGUCUGUUCCACACAUGUUGGGAUAAAUGGCCCAUGGAAGAUGCUAGUACUGCUUCUUCUUCUUGGUGCAGUGCGAUAGUUGUGGAGAAUUGCCCGGUGCUGCCUAAAGAAUGGAGGAUGAUGACUUUGGUGGCUUUGAGGCUGCAGAGACCUUUGGUGGUGAACACAGUGGAAACCAAGCAGUGUCCCCUGCUGUCCCCUGGGCCACCUUUCCUGCAGUAUCCGGAGUGCAUCUCUCACCAGCUUCUCCGGAGCUCAUUCUGGACCAUGACCACUCAUCGCCAUCCUCUGGCCGCCUCCCUCCAGAUGCCAUCAUUUCAGCACCAGAUGAUACGCGUGCAGACAGUGGCCGUGUGAGUCAGACCAUCCCCAAAGCUCAGAUUCAGCAGUCAGCACACACACAUCUGAAUAUACCACUUUUUCCACUUGGCUUAACGGAUGAGACAACCCAUGGAGCGCUUGCACUGGAGGAUGACCCUGAGGGUCCUGGAGCCGAUGUGUCCCACUCACAGCUACAGCAAAAAAUAUCAAGUCUGGAGACUAAACUGAAAGCAUCUGAAGAGGAAAAACAGAGAAUUAAAAAGGAUGUGGACUCGCUGAUGGAGAAGCACAGUGUCCUGGAGAAAGACUUCCUGAAGGAAAAGGAGCAGGAUGCUGUGUCCUUUCAAGCCAGAUACCGUGAGCUUCAGGAAAAGCAUAAGCAAGAAUUGGAAGAUAUGAGAAAGGCUGGGCACGAGGCACUGAGCAUUAUUGUGGAUGAGUAUAAGGCACUGCUGCAGUCUUCAGUGAAGCAGCAGCUAGACGCCAUUGAGAAGCAAUAUGUGUCUGCAAUCGAGAAACAAGCUCACAGGUGUGAAGAGCUGCUGCACGCUCAGCAUCAAAGGCUCCUGGAAGUGCUGGACAAUGAGAAAGAACUGUUAAGGGGAAAAAUCCAGGAAGCUUUGGAUCAGCAGUUGCAGGAGCAGAAGGAAACACUGGGAAAGUGCCUGCAGGAAGAAAUGCAGAGGAAUAAAGAGACACUGGAGUCAGCUGUGAAGCUUGAGAAAGAAGCGAUGAAAGAUGUCAUCACCAAAGCAGUGGAAGAAGAAAGGAAAAAUCUGGAAAAAGUUCAUGCUGAAGAACGGGAAAUGUGGAAGGCAGAGCAUGCAAGAGAUCAGGAAAGGGUAGCGGAGGCUAUCCAGGCCGCCGUCCAGGAGCAGCGGGUGAUGAGUCAGGAAGCUGUCAGAGCAGCAAUAAUAGAAGAACAGAAGAGGAGCGAAAAGGCCAUGGAGGAGGCAGUGAAGAGAACAAGAGACGAGCUGGUGGAGUACGUGAGGGAGCAGAGAAGGCUAGAUCAAGUCACCCGCCAACGCAGCCUGUCCAGCCUGGAGCUGUUCCUGUCCUGCGCCCAGAAGCAGCUAAGUGCUCUCAUAGCUACGGAGCCUGUUGACAUUGAAUAGAGACACGCUGGCCAACCCGUCCCUGUCAUUAAGCCUGCCUACUCUGAAGCUGUUCCUCUCCUGUGCCCAGAAGCAGCUGAGUACUCUAAGGUCCAUGGAGCCUAUUGGCAUUGAAUAAAGGGAACAUGACAGGCUGCUUGUCCUGGCCAUUGUGUCAAUCACUAGACUUCUAGUAGAUGCUGUGACUUAGAAAGAUGCUUUUGUUUUCUGAUUAAACAGCUGGUUUCCAGGUCAAGGAUGAGCCAGAGCAGUAUCUAGAAGAACCAUCAAUGGAUCUAACUUAUUCUCUAUCAUUUUAUUACAAGUAGAAUGGAAAAAUAUGUAUGACCCAAAGUCAUGGAAAAGUGGUAGGUUACCCAAAGUUCAUGGGGUAAACAGUACAGCUUCAGGUGGCCUGGUGACACUGUUUGGUAAAGGAUUACCUUUUGAAGCCUCAUGGUGAUUUGUGUAACUUCACAUCAGCUUGUUUCUGAGAAGUUGAGUGGAUAGAAGCACUGGCGUGGUCAUUGUUAUGACUGACCUGACCAGUCUCUAAAGGUGAAUUAUGUGUUUUCAUUGAUUUAUCAAAAAUAAACAACACUAGAUGACCAGGUUUUGAGCAGCUGCUACAUUUAAACUUUGGGUGUGUGGCUCAGGCUUGCUUCCUGCCUUUCUUCAGAGGCCUGAAAAUAAUUUUUCAUAAUUAAUCAAUCUCUAGAAAGAACAUAACUUGGAAUUCUAGACAUCUAUGGGAAUUUAAUCAAAUAUCAGACAUAUAGGUUCAUCGAGGCGUUCUUAAUUCAGGAGCAGUGUGCUGCAGUCUGAACUCAUGAGCAGUUUCAACAUCAAAAAUGACAACAGUGUACCUAUGCAGAUGCUGUGUCUCUGAAACACUUCUGCUUUCAGGGGCUUUGUACUUCUCUGGAUUUCUCAGUAUAAUAAAAGAAACUCCAAAAAGUU